GGCUGACGCUCAGUUUGUGUGGUUGUGUCAUUUACUACGUCUCUGUGAGAGCGAGGGGGAUGAUGUCACGGCCUGAUGAUGCUGAUGUCACUCUUUCUUUCUUUCCCUUGCACAGAGAGGAGGCUGUGGAUCUGUCUGGGUGUGAGUGAACGCCCUCUAGUGGAGCUGCUGACCAGCCGUCCUGCACAGCUUCUGUCUGUUUCUUACCUACAGCAUUUCAAGAGGUCUAUGGUCCAACGCUGAGCAGAGACCAUGUGGUGUUUGGAGCUGCUCUUACCACUGCUGUUGCUCAUCAAUGAUGCCAGCUGCCAGUGGAACGUCUGGGUACCUCGGGACAUCUCGGCCAUGACGAACUCCUGCGUGGUCAUCCCGUGCACCUUCAUGUAUCCGUCUGGUAUCAGGCCGUACCGCGGCACUCACGGUAUCUGGUACUUCGGCCAGCCGUACCCUCAACUCUUCCCUCCCGUCGUCUUCAAAUCACGCACGGACGUCGUGCACGAGAGCUACAAGGGGCGCACCAAGCUGCUGGGCGACCUGGGCCAGAGGAACUGCACUCUGCUCAUCAACAACAUCGGCGCCGAGCACUCAGGGAGAUACUACUUUCGUGCCGACCUCGGUGGAGCCAACAUGUACACGUACCCAGACUUCUCUGAGCUCAAAGUUCUGGAUCAACCCAACAUCGACGUCCCUGAGGAGAUCGUCAGCGAUGAGAGUCUGGAGCUGACAUGCUACGCUCCAGACAACUGCCCCGACAUGACUCCAGAGAUCCAGUGGAUGUACACCGACUACCUGCCCGACCCAGAGUUCAGCUCUGACUAUCUGGAGGAGAGCAACACAGCAGUACUCUCCAGCACCCUCACCUUCACGCCCAGACCCAUGCACAACGGGCAGCUCCUGGGCUGCAGGGUCUACUACCCCAACACCACACUGGUCUAUGAGAGACUCAUCUCUCUGGACAUCAAGUACGCUCCACGCUCUGUGUGGGUGAACGUGUCCUCGGAGGUGAUGGAGGGCAGCUCUGUGAUGCUGCACUGCGAGGUGGACAGCAACCCUCCUGCCAGGAUCUCCUGGAUGUUUGGAGACGAGGAGCUGCUGUGGGACACGGCGUCCAACCUCACCCUCUCCCUGGACGACGUGACGCCCACGCACGAGGGAAUCUACACCUGCGUCGGAGACAACGGCUACGGCAUCAUGAACACCUCGCUGUACCUGGCUGUCAAGUACCCUCCCCGCGAGCCCCAGGUCAACGACUCCAUGACGGUGCUGGAGGGAUCUACGCUGGCCCUGCACUGCAGCACCCAGGGCAGCCCGGCCCCGACCCUCACCUGGCUGAAGGACGGGGAGCUGGUGGGCACCAUCACCGCCGACGAGCUGUCGGUGCUGGAGAUCGUAGAGAUCACGCCGCAGGGAGACGGGCAGUACCGCUGCCUGGCCGAGAACGAGCACGGGAGAGCCAGCAGCUCCUUCAACAUCACUGUCGAGUACGCCCCGGUCCUCCUGGAGGAGUCGAAGUGCACGGUGGUGAGGGAGGGGGUCCAGUGUGUCUGCAUGGCCACAGGGAACCCUGAACCCACCAUCGAGUUCUACCUGCCCGACCAGAACGUCACCAUCAACGAGACAGACGGCCGGUACAACUUCUACACGCACACAGACGGACACACCUCCACGGGGAUGAUCAAGCUGAGGGAGAAAGGCGAGCGGGUCGACAACGGCGGCCCCGCCGUCAACGUUCACUGCAACUUCUACAACAUGUACGGGAGAGAGAGCAUCCUCCUGGAGCUGCAGCAGGAGAAAAAGUACAUGAUGGCAGUAAUAGUUGGCACCAUUGGAGGAGUGGCGGUCAUAGCCUUCAUCAUUGCAGCAGUGAGAUACGUUGGCCACAACAACAAGAAAGAGAAUGGCAACCCUAGGCAGGACGUGGUCCUGGAGAACCCAGCUUUGUACUACAGCGCAGUCAAGAAGGACAAACAAAAUCUGAGGAAGAAAGUGCUUAAGACAGAGCUGUUGGGCUCAAAGUUUAACUCCAUUCUAGAGGAGACUACGGGAGAAGACGGGGAUUAUCAACCUGUGGGCUCUAUGGCAGGACUGGAGAAGCAAGAGCUGAAUUACGCUGCACUGGAGUUUAUCGGGGCCAGGCCCAGGGAGGGGGCCUCAGGGAGGGGGGAUGAUGGCAGCAACUACACGGAAAUCAAAGCCAAAUGAAUCGCAAUCCUUCCCUGAUCCCUCGGCUAUGCGAGACGCAGUGGCAGCCCCAGCACAUCUCCUGGCCCAUAAACUGUGUAAUAACUCCCCUUUCUCUACCGGAUCUCACCCAUCACAUGAUGACUCCUUGGUUCCCAUUUCUUCACAUAUAAUUUACACAAUGCCAAUCCCCCACACCCCCUCUCAUGCUGCCCCUCCUCCACUGGACGCCCCCUUUCACAUGUCAUCAUUUGGGAAAACUGGUACUGUUUUGGGUCGGAGCAUGACCCACUGUGGACAAUGUAAAAGAAAUAAUUUACAUUUCUAGCCUCAGUUGUAGUACAUUGGCUCUAAACCAUGCAGUGUUAACCAGUGUCCAUGUUUUUGUUGCUUUCUCCAUGUUCUUCGUUGUGACUGUCACUAUUUGCUCUACAUGCGUCUCAUAACUGUCACUGUGUCUGCUGCCAGUCGAAGCAUCAGGGCAAGGAGUAACGGCGCUUUGUGUCCUCCUAUAUCUAUGUGUGUCUAUCAGCAGAGAGGAAAAACUCUCUUCUCUCUUUGGUUAAUUACACCCCAAGAACAUAACCGACUGAGGCGAGAGAUGAAAACACAUCUCAGCAUUUUCCACAUAAUUGUAUUUAAUGUGUGCUGUGACUCGGUAGCCUCUCAUAAUAAAUGAAAAAAAAAAGUCACCGUCACUUUUGAUAAUAAUUGAGGAGGUUGUGUAAAAUUCAAGUGUUACCUUGUCUAGUUCUACAUAGGCCUGUCACGAUAAUUACUAUAUCGACUUAUCGUUCGAUAUAUAAAAAUGGACACGAUAGUUUUUUCUGGACUCAAUAUUUGUUGUUUACAUGCGUUCCUUUUUGUGUUUUUUUGUGUUUAAAGUAAUGCUGCAAAUGUUUGACAGGCAGUACGAAUUACCGGGACAAAACCCUACAUUUCCCAAGCAGCCACUCCAGCUGUUUAUAUGUUAUUUUAAUAAUAAAAUAAUAAAAUACAUAAAGUUUAUCUCAGUGCAACGUUUUGCUAACAGAGCCUGAAAGUCUAUUUUAUUUGUUUUGCUUGUAGUUUAUUUAUGGGCUGAAAUAUGUGCCACCAGAAACUGAAUUUAAAUUAUUUCUAUUAGAAUUUGAAUUGCUUAACUUGAAUAAUUGCAUUAAAAAACUGAAUUUGAAUCACAUAAUUUGAAUUUGUAUUGUUCAGUUUGAAUCAUUGCAUUGAAAAACUGAAUCUGAAUUGUAAUUUGAAAUUGAAUUUAUUAGUUUGGAACUGUACAUUCAGUUCAAUUUCAAUGUUCUGCGACGAACAUCCAGGUAGUUGAGGCAGAGCAAUCGAGCGCAGAAAACGGAGAUGCUGAUUGGCCGAAGAGGCGCUAUGGCAACCGAGUGGCAACAAAUGUUUCAGUUUUCCAAUGCAACGAUUCAAAUUAUACAAUACAAAUUCAAAUUAUGUGAUUCAAAUUCAGUUUUUUUAAUGCAAUUAUUAAAGUAAAGCAAUUCAAAUAUAAACAAUUCAAAUUCAGUUUCUGGUGGCGCAUAUUUCAGCCCAUAUUUAUUUAUUGAUGUUUUAUUGAUCUAGGAUAUUUUAAUAUUUCUUUUCCACAUUUCAAUUCCAAUGUUUAAUAUUCUCGAGAUUUAAAAAUGCAUUGCUGUGGAAAACGAUGAACUUAUUAUCCUUUAAUAUAGUUAUAAAACUAAAACGACAUCGAUACAACGAUACUAUCGUUUAUCGUGACAGUUUACGGGAAAAUAUAUCAUCCUAAAAGUUAUGUUAUCGUGACAGGCCUAAUUCUAUAUAUAAAAAAAGUUUCUUUGUGAUGAGAUUUUAGGGUUUUUUCUGCACUGUGGCCAACACACAAUGUCUGUCUCCUCUUCUUCUCCCGGGUUCUAGCUCUCUGAUUGAUCUGGAAAACAAAGCACAACAUAUUUGAGCGUGAGUGGCCAAAGUGUUAUCUCUUUUAGACAAUGUGUGUGUGUGUGUGUGUGUGUGUGUAGGUGUGUAUGCGUACGUGUUUUGAAAUCGUGCUGAGAGAUCACAGGACACUGAUCACUGAUCACUGAGGAAGUUCUUUGGGAAGUUUCGAGCGUCGCUUCACUUGAGAAGUCGACGCUUUUCUCUCACAGGGCUGCAUCAGAUGUUUGAAUGACAGAAAGUGAUGCUGACUAGCCAGCUGGUUGAGCUAUUCAACGACAUUUGAUGAGCCUGUGAUGUAAGUGCACUAAUAGUCUAACUCGAUAACGAUGGUGUCAAUAAUAUAUAUAUAUUAAUAAGAUGUAUAUUGAGAGGGAAAAGGAUGCCAGUAUGUACAGCAGCCACUAAAAGUUAUGGAUAAAAGCCAGUGUGAGAUGUGAAAAACAGUCUUGUCACACGUUAUUCAAAUACUUUUUGACCGAACAUUGUCUUAAUAUGAGCUCAGUGAGCAGAACCAGCCUCCUAGCUAGUGAGCACUAAGGUCAAGAGGCUGCGUUUACAUGCAGGAAAUGACUUUCUUAUGCUUGUGGUUGAUUUAAAGUGUAAUAUCUGUUGUGUUUAUAUACAGGUGCAUCUCAAUAAAUUAGAAUAUCAUAGAAACAUU